AUGGCUUUCGAUGGCACAAGUACUCCAGAGCUAAAAACAUCGCAUCUGAUCAACCUGCUGUCUGCUCUUGUUUCCACCUUUCCCAGUGCAAGCCGUCCUUUAUUCGCUGCCACUCACGACACACAAUGCGUGUCGAAGUCCGCCCCAGACGUCAUUGGUAGUGCACCCGGGCUAUCAGAGCCGCCAGGCCGGUGGGACUGGCAGCAGAUCGAUGUAGUCUUCAAGCAAGCUAUCCCUGAACUGGAACGCUUCGACCUUGUUGUCAAAAACUGGAGGGAGAAGAGCCCAACUCGCCAGGAAGACGAUGUAUUCAGAACUGGCCAACGACUGCUCCUAGCCGGACACUCCAAUCGCGCCUUUGUUGUCGCGCUUGAUCUGCAUACCACUGGCACCACUGCCCGAAUAAUCGAAUUCUCCAGGACCGAUUUUGUGCUUGGCGAAGUUUUCGAUCUGGGUCAAGACACGCAGACUCUGCCGGCCCUCUUUCAUCGGCUUUAUAGAGUCGAACAACCGCCACGCUCUUACUGCUCUUCGCGUAUUGUUCUCAUGAAGAAUCUCUUUGAUAUUCUGCAGCUUUCACAGACCAUGCUUCGCGACCCCGCUUACAAACGCCUGUUCACCAGCUUCCGCGGCGCCCACGACUCGACUUUGGUUAUCCAGCCAGCACACAAGACGCCUUGCUGCACCCAAAGCCUGGAGUGUCUGGAACUCGUACCUAUUCCUGACAUCUACCGUCUGUGCCUGUUGAAGCAGCCAUACACACCCUCGCCUGUCUAUCGUGUCAUCUUCCGGCCCUUGCCAACACCUUCUGUUGCUUUGCCCCAGUCUCGCCACAGUCGCCGCACUCGCUGUUUGCUCAGGACCAUUGGCUGUCCGAUGUAUGCAUUUCCGACCCCGUCUCAUCUGUUGCACGGCAUGCAAACCUCCCUUUUCGCCCACAUGCGUGCUUUCCAGGUGGGUGUCAUGCACGGCGACAUCACCCCGACCAACCUCGUUGCCGACGACACGACGUUCGGACUGCCUGCAGAACAAUCCAGAGCGCUACUCUUCGACUUCGACGACGCAAAUCCGGCAGCGCUGCCCAAAGGAACGCAGAUGGAUCCAGCAGAUGCCAAGGAGCUUCAAGAAAUAGUCGAGGAGAAAUUUGCCAUGGCUCGAUGGCUUUCCCAAGAGAAUUGA